UUCAGUUUUCUCUUCCUGUGCUUUCCUCCGUUCCAUUGAGACACAGUAAAGAGUGAUGGGUUCGAGUCUCUGUCUCUUCUUUUUACGAUGACCACACGGUUCCUUCACAUCACACCUCAUCACCCUCCUCUUCCUCUCCCUCAAAGAAGACGAAGACGAAGACGAAGAAGAUGGCUUUUCAAGAUUCUUCCUUUCUCCUCGAUUCUCUCUACUGUCAUGAGCCCAUACUGGCAGAACCAGAUGAAGAUGAACAAGAACAAGAACAAGAACAACCUCAACCAGAGCUAUCGCAUGAACCUGAUCUUUCAAACAACAAUGCUUCUUCUGUGUUCCCUCUGCUUCUGUUGGACCAAGAUUUGUCCUGUGAAGACCAAGAGCUAGUCUCUCUCUUCGCCAAAGAACAGCAGCAACAUCAUGAAGCUGCUUCCUUCAACCUGUCUAAUCUGGAAUUUUCAGACUCUUCACUCUCCUUGGCUCGUCGUGAAGCCGUAGAGUGGAUUCUUAAGGUGAGUGCUCAACAUGGGUUCUCUGCUCUCACUUCAACUCUGGCCAUUAAUUACUUGGAUAGAUUCAUUUCAAGCUUCAAAUUUGAAAUAGAGAAGCCAUGGCUGAUCCAACUUGUGGCUGUCACUUGCCUCUCUUUAGCUUCCAAGGUGGAAGAGACGCAAGUCCCUCCUCUUCUAGACCUUCAGGUGGAGGAUGCCAAGUACUUGUUCGAUGCCAAGACGAUUCUGAGAAUGGAGCUUCUGGUUCUUUCGACCCUGAAGUGGAAGAUGCACCCAGUGACACCAUUCUCGUUUUUGGAUCACAUCAUAAAAAGGCUUGGAUUGAAAACCCAUCUUCACUGGCAAUUUCUCAGGCGUUGUGAGCAUCUUCUUCUAUCCGCACUCUCAGAUUCAAGAUUCAUCGGCUGUCUUCCUUCUCUGCUGGCCACUGCUACAAUGCUUCUUGUUAUAGAGCAGAUACAGCACCACGAUGCAUCCGAAUACAAGAAACAACUUCUGGGCGUGCUUAAAAUCAACGAGGAGAAAGUAGAGGAGUGUUAUAAAGCAAUUCUUGAGAUGUGCAGUAAUAAUAAAAAGAAGAGAAAGUAUGAAAGAAUAAUCCCUGGGAACCCAAGUGGCAUGAUCGGUGGUGGAUUUGGGGCUGAUGGAGGAUCUAACGGUUCGUGGAAAGUGGGGGCUUCUUCAUCGUUAUAUUCUUCACCUGAGUCUCUGUUCAAGAGGAGCAGAUCUCAACAACAACAACAACAACAACGCAGUAAUAUGAAAAUGUCUCCAUUAAAUCGGGUGGGUGUUGCAAUUGUUGUCUCAUCUCCUUGAGAAUCAAGAACUUGUAAUUUUUGUACUGUGACAAUUAAUUAUUACUUGCACGUUUUGACUA